AGGAUUCAAGCUGCGGACCGGAUGCUGAUAAACGAGACAGAAAAAACAACCCAUGGUAAUCGUCCAUGGAAACCCACAUCACCGUGACGAUGGGGCUGAGAAUAACAAUAGUCAUGUUCAAUCCUCUAGGGCUCAACGAAAGUGCACAUGGGAGGUUUUAGGGUGGGCUUCGUCUGCAUGCUCCCUGUCUCCAAGUUGUUGUAGACCUCCUGCCCCAGCUUCGCUCUUGAUUCGCAGCGUUGGCGUCAAUGGCGUUGGCAACGCCCGUUACCACCUUGUGGAAAUCCGCAACCGCGAGAGGCUCAUGCUGCGACGUUUCGAACAAGGGACACUAUGGAGAAUUGAGGGCGCAGUUCUUAGGAGCAGUAGUCGUGUGUAGGGAGGCCCAGCAAUGGGAGCGGUGUCGGCAAGCAUGCUCGUCGCGAGCUAGGGUUGUGUGCCUUCUGGGUGGUAACAAGCGGGAUGCGGCAAAGAAAGCGCUAGAAUCUGCCCUUGGAGAGAAGAAAGGUGAUUUCAGUAAGUGGGACGAAGAGAUAAAGAAGAGGCAAGAGAGUGGCGGUGGAGAUGGAGGAAAAGGAAGAGGUUGGGGCAAAGGAGGAGGAGGUGGUGGCGGAGGUGGGAGUGGUGGUGAUUCUAGUGAGGGUGGACUGCCACCACUCAAUAGCAAUACCUGGGACGAUGCGAAGCAAAUGGUGAUGGCUUUUCUGGGAUUGGCAGCCCUUUACUUGGUGUUGACACAAGGGAAAAGGAUGCUGGCAGUGUCUGUGAACUCGGCUUUAUUUGUUUUGCGUGGAUUUAAGGCGAAUGGGUCUAGUUCUCCCAGUAGAGAACCUGCACUUGCAGGACCUAUUAGUGAUGGGCCCGGGCCUGCUGAAUCUAGCGUAAUUAGCAAGUGGGGUAGAGAUUAAGUAUUUGGUUACCAAAAUUGUAUUUACGGUUUAUGACAAUAACAUGAAAAAAGAUGAUAAUUAAACAUGAGUGUAAUCAAGUCUUUAUUCAUUUA